GCCGAAAAAUAUUGCCCCUGCCCUCUUAACUACGACCCGGUCUGUGGCACGAAUGGCGAAACGUACCCCAACGAAUGCGUUUUGAAAUGCACAGAAAAUGUCAAAGUGGCACACGCUGGUGAAUGCAAAGCAAAGCGAGAGAUCGCCGCCGAAAAAUAUUGCCCCUGUCCUCUUAACUACGACCCGGUCUGUGGCACGAAUGGCCAAACUUACCCCAACGAAUGCGUUUUGAAAUGCGCAGAAAAUGUCAAAGUGGCACACGCUGGUGAAUGCAAAACAAAGCGAGAGAUCGCCGCCGAAAAAUAUUGCCCCUGCCCUCUUAACUACGACCCGGUCUGUGGCACGAAUGGCGAAACGUACCCCAACGAAUGCGUUUUGAAAUGCACAGAAAAUGUCAAAGUGGCACACGCUGGUGAAUGCAAAGCAAAGCGAGAGAUCGCCGCCGAAAAAUAUUGCCCCUGCCCUCUUAACUACGACCCAGUCUGUGGCACGAAUGGCGAAACUUACCCCAACGAAUGCGUUUUGAAAUGCACAGAAAAUGUCAAAGUGGCACACGCUGGUGAAUGUAAAGCAAAGCGAAAGUUCGCCGCCGAAAAAUUUUGCCCCUGCCCUCUUAACUACGACCCGGUCUGUGGCACGAAUGGCGAAACUUACCCCAACGAAUGCGUUUUGAAAUGCGCAGAAAAUGUCAAAGUGGCACACGCUGGUGAAUGCAAAGCAAAGCGAGAGAUCGCCGCCGAAAAAUAUUGCCCCUGCCCUCUUAACUACGACCCGGUCUGUGGCACGAAUGGCGAAACUUACCCCAACGAAUGCGUUUUGAAAUGCGCAGAAAAUGUCAAAGUGGCACACGCUGGUGAAUGCAAAGCAAAGCGAGAGAUCGCCGCCGAAAAAUAUUGCACCUGUCCUCUUAACUACGCCCCGGUCUGUGGCACGAAUGGCGAAACGUACCCCAACGAAUGCGUUUUGAAAUGCACAGAAAAUGUCAAAGUGGCACACGCUGGUGAAUGCAAAUCGAAUAGAGACCGAGCCGCCGAAGAAAAUUGAU